GGGGGAGCUUUUCCAGUAGUACCUUCCGGCGUCGUCGGCCCCAUUUCCUGUGGUGCAUCGCGGCGUCUCUUUCUCUUCCGGUCCCAGGCUCGUCGGCAGUCGCGGGUUACGGUGUAGACAUGGCCAAGUCCAAGAACCACACCACACACAACCAGUCCCGAAAGUGGCACAGAAAUGGCAUCAAGAAACCCCGAUCACAAAGAUAUGAAUCUCUUAAGGGGGUGGACCCCAAGUUCCUGAGGAACAUGCGCUUUGCCAAGAAGCACAACAAGAAGGGCCUGAAGAAGAUGCAGGCCAACAACGCCAAGGCCAUGAGUGCACGUGCUGAAGCUAUCAAGGCCCUCGUAAAGCCCAAGGAGGUUAAGGCUAAGAUCCCAAAGGGCAUGAGCCGCAAGCUCAGUCGACUUGCCUACAUUGCCCACCCCAAGCUUGGGAAGCGUGCUCGUGCCCGCAUUGCCAAGGGUCUCAGGCUCUGCCGGCCAAAGGCCAAGGAUCAAACUAAGGCCCAGUCCAAGGCCCAGUCCAAGGCCCAGUCCGCGGCUUCAUCUGCAGCACCAGCGUCAGUUCCAGCUCCAGCUCAGGCUCCCAAAGGUGCCCAGGCCCCCGCGAAGGCUCCAGAGUAGAGGCCUCUGUCUGCCAGCAUGAGGACAGAAGGACUGGUGUGACCCCUGGGGUGCUAUCUGCAUGGGCUGGGGUCCUCCUGUACUAUUUGUACGAAUAAACCUGAGGCAGGAUUUGUUA